AUGUUUCAGAUAGCUAAAAGAGAAACAAAACCUUAUCGUUUAUUUUUUAAAAAAUUUAAAAAUGAUUGGUCAAUGGUAUUUGCUGCUAUGUUAGCAUUUAAUUUAUUAAUUGCUCUUUUACCUAUAGCUGUGACAUUAUUUGGUAUAUUGGGUUUAGUCAUAGGAAAUAAUACAAAUUUACAGGAGAAAAUAAAAGAGAAAAUAAUUAAUUCAUUUCCAAAUGUGACUAAAGAAGGUCUUAGACAAAUAAUUGAUUUGGCAUUUAAUCAAUUGUAUCGAGAUGCUGGUAUAAUAUUAGGUCUUGGUAUUCUAUUUGCCAUAUUUGGUAGUUCUAGAUUAUUUAUCGCUAUUGAUAGAAGUAUGACCAUUAUUUAUCGAUUAGAAGAACGAAAAACUUUAAAACAAAAUUUACUCGCUUUGGGCAUGCUAUUUUUAUUUAUUCUUUUAAUACUAUUAAUGAUAGGUGCCUCAUCAGCUCCAUCUUUUCUGUUGAAUAUUAUUCCUAAUGCAGGCGGUCGUUUUUUAUCGUAUAUUGUUGGAUUACUAACAGGUUUAGUCGUAUCAUUUAUUCUAUUUGAAGUUAUAUAUUUCAUCGUUCCAAAUAAAAAAAUGACAUUUAAAGAAACAUGGUGUGGAUCUCUACUGGCAGCUAUUGCAUUACAAAUAUUUAUGAUUCUAUUUCCUCUCUAUGUACGAAAAUUUAUGACAAAUUAUGCUGGACAAAUUGGUUUUGCCAUUAUUUUAUUAUUAUUUUUCUAUUAUUUUGCUGUAAUACUUAUUUUAGGUGCUCAAAUUAAUUCUUUCUUUUUUGAAAAAUUUCGAGCAUUUCCAGAUGGUCUUGGAACAUUUGUGAGUAAAUUAUCAGAAGUAUAUACAAGUGGAGAAGCCGGUCAUGCUUUAAAUCGACGUGCCAUAGAUGAUCCAUAUGUUUGA